AUGUCGGAGGCACCUACCUUGAAGAGAAAGCAGGGUCCUGAGGAUGCCUCGGAUGCCAAGAAGUUGCGUCUGGAUGACCGAUCUGCUGUCAAAUCAGGCGAGGAAAACAUCACUCCCGAAUCCACAAACAAAGUAGAGAACCCUAGAAUUGAGUCGAAGGACCCCGCUAACGACUCUGGAGAGACUCAGAAAGAUAACGAGACAACCAAUACCUCUUCUAAGAAUAGCACAGAACCAUCUCCCAAGCCUGUCUUUGGAGCCACCAGCACCUUUGGCAAUGCAUCCAUUUUCGAUAAGAUGAAGUCCAAGACCAAUGUGUUCGAUGGAUUACCGCUGAAGUCGCCAGAGAAAGCUGCAACGGCAACUUCAUUUGGAAGCUCGUUUGGUAGCUCAUUUGGCCUGUUUGGAGCCAAUUCAAAGUUCGCCAAUGCCCUCCAAAGAGCCACAGAAAAGAAGUCGUUUCUUGAUGAGCCUGAAACCGACAAUACAGAGUCCAAGUCUCCACCAGAAACACCAAGGGCCACGCAACAAUACAAGCAGGUGGAGUUGGUUGCUCAGGAGGUCAAGACAGGAGAGGAAAACGAGCACAGUUUGUACUCUGCCACUGCCAAACUCUUUGAGUUGGAUUUGACCAGGAUCAAAGAGGGCUGGAAGGAAAGAGGUUUGGGACCACUACAUUUGAAUCAAUCUCUUGACGAUGUGUCGCAAGUAAGAAUCGUCAUGCGUUCGCAGGGACUUUUAAGAGUUAUUUUGAACUACAGAAUCACCCCCACUACUGUGCUCAUUAAGGGAUUGGAGGCCAGUUUGGCGCCAGGAAAGUACUUAAGAUUCAACUCUGUCUCUCCUGAAGGAAAACCGGUUCAAUAUCUUAUCAAAUUUUCGAACGAGACGCUUAGAAAUGAGUUGGUGGACAAGGUGAAUGAGGUGAGAGCAGCAACAGCUAAAAACAACACGAGACUGGACACCAACAACAGUGCCUCGGCACCAUCCACCCAGGAAGCCACCGACGAGGAUACAGGAGACGAAAAUUAA